AUGACUGGAAGGUAUUCCUCCCGUCAGCGAGAUAAGAUCAGCUGGAGGAAACAGGAAGUUGUCAGAGGCACCGAGGCCAGCUGUGAGAACGAGGGCGAAGUCCUCCACAUCCCCAACAUCACCGACAACCCCUGCAUCACCUGUGUGUGUCUGACACGGCUGAUAGAGAAGUCUAGGUUUCAGUUUACUCUGCAGGAAGCACACGGAGGGAAGGCGGACUGUAAACAGGAGAAAUGUCCGCUGGUCUCUGAGGACUGUGCUCUGGUGGUGAAACAGACCGGAGCCUGCUGCGAGAGGUGUAAAGGCUGCAUGUUGGAUGGGCGAUCUUAUAACAGCUCAGUAACCUGGACCAGCUGCAUCAAACCCUGCAUAACCAGACGCUGUCAGGAAGGUGUCAUCACCGAGGUCGACGUUCAGUGUGUCGUCCACUGCAAGAACCCAAAAAUCCACCCAAAGAAGUGCUGCCCCACCUGCCCCAGUUGCAUCUUUGAGGGUCGUCUGUACAAAGAGAGGGAAGAGUUCAGUCCUGAGGGGAAACCCUGCAUCAAGUGCACCUGCACUGGAGGACGGACUCUCUGCAUGAAGGAGGUGUGUCCUGUCCUCUCAUGCCCCGCCCACCUCAGCCACACCCUGUCUGGACAGUGUUGUCCUCGAUGUCUCGGUCAGAGGAAGGUGUUUGAUCUGUCUUUAGGCAGCUGUCUGUUCCACAGCGAAGUCUACGAGAACGGCACGUCCUUCAUACACGACAACUGCACCACCUGCACCUGCAAGGAUUCCACGGUGGUGUGCAAGAAGCGGUGCUCUCGGGCGGGGAGUUGCCACGGCGACCAGUGCUGCGAUGAGUGUCUGUCCUACGUGAAGGUGGAGGAGGUGAAGUACUGCAGAGUCCGGAACAAGAUCUACAGGGAAGGAGACAUGUGGUCGUCGGUUAACUGCACCCUCUGCGCCUGUGUCAAAGGAAGCAUCGAGUGUCGGCCCAAACACUGUGUACCAAUCAGCAGCUGCCCCUCGAAUAAGAUCCUGAACAGGACCGGCUGCUGUCCGGUUUGCACUGAAAAGCCGGGUGUGUGCACGGUGUUUGGCGACCCUCACUACAACACCUUCGACGGCAGGACCUUUAACUUCCAGGGUACAUGUCAGUACUUGCUGACUCGUGACUGUGGCAGCGCCCCCUCUGGAGGACCGGGAAACAACGUGAACAUCAACGGCCCGGACUCCAGCUUCAUGGUGUUGGUGAAGAACGACGCCCGGCGGACUCGUUCCUUCUCCUGGACUCAGUCCGUUGAGGUGAGGCUCGGGGGUUUGAUCCUCGGCCUCCACCAGCACCUGACGGUCCGGAGGAACGGCACCCGCAUCGCCCUGCCGUACCACGGCCCCGGGGUGCACAUCGACCUGGACGGGUACCUGCUCAAACUCACCACCAUCGCAGGUCUGGAGAUAACGUGGGACGGCGACAGUUUCGUGGAGGUCGUGGCCGCCCCCCACCUGCGUGGACGCCUCUGCGGCCUUUGCGGCAACUACAACGGCCACAAGCGCGACGACACCAUGGGAGGCGACGGACAGUUCAAGUUCGACGUGGACGAGUUUGCCGAGUCGUGGCGGGUCGAGGGAAACGAGGUCUGCUCCCAGCAGCCACCGCCUCGCCGCCCGGCCUCCUUCCUGUGCCCCGGCAGCGUCAAGGUCAAGUUCCGCGCCCACCGGGAGUGUCAGAAGAUUAAGUCGUGGGAGUUUCAGAAGUGCCACCGUGUGGUUGACUUCGCCAAUUUCUACAGGUCGUGUGUGACGGACAUGUGUGAGUGUCCGGUCCAUAAAAACUGCUACUGUGAGUCCUUCAUCGCCUACAGCCGGGCCUGCGAGAGGGAGGGAGUGCCCGUCCUCUGGAAGGCCGAGACCGCCUGUAUGGCGACCCAGUGUAAACACGGCGCCGUGUACGACACCUGCGGACCGGGCUGCACCAAAACCUGCGACAACUGGAACGAGAUCGGGCCGUGCCACAAGCCCUGCGUGGCCGGCUGCCACUGCCCCGCCAACCUGGUGCUGUUCCAGGGACGCUGCAUCAAACCCACAGCCUGCCCCGGCCGGUGACCCUUGUGACCCAGGUGGGAGGGAGGUCGGGGAGGGAACGGGUGAGGGGGCUAGUUUAGGUAGGAAAGGUCAUACAUAGUAUCACAAAAAGGGGGCCAAACAAGGACGCGAAAGGGUCGACAUAUCAGAUGCGACAAGGUACUCAGGGUCCAGAUCUAUCUGGCUUAAACAUUACAGAUACACGCUACGGUGAUGGACCGAAAACACGGCGAACAGGAGGCUGAUCCUCGCCAAAAUAACGUGUGCUGUCGCGAUACCAGUCGCCACCACCGGAGGCGCUAAUUCCAGGCUUGUAGAGGAAGAACUGAACUCCCAAAAGGAAACUCGGGGACCCAAUAUUUGGAGAUUUUUGUCUACACCUUCUGAGGAACCCGCUGCUCUGGACCCUCAGGAAACUAUUUGGCCCAAUGGACUCCUGCUCGAGCCAACAUGGCGCCCAGAUUUCUCUCAAAAACACUCUAAAGUGGGAAACUGAGCUCCUGCAUUUUGGAAUAAGGAGAAUCUCUCUGAUGCUUCGAGUCAAACUGCCCUCGUGAUCUCUGUUCCAUCAUUUCAUACUGUAAGCUAGCCAGAUUUAAAUGAAAGACAGACAGCUUUUAUAUUAUAAUUGUUCUAAUUAUUAUUAUUAUUAUUAUUAUUAUUAUUAUUUGUUGUUGAUGUUGUUAAUUUAUAUAUCGGUCAAAUGACGUUUCGUAGCAAGAGCCAGAAUCAUGAACAGAAUUGCGUUAUAAAUGAUUUAAAGGGAAACAAAAGCUAUUUAUGUAUUUGUUGUGUACUUUUGUGUUACUGUUUGAAGAGAAAUGCCCAAAUGUGACUCAGUUGUUGCACCAUCGCAGGGAAAAAGUACUGUAUGUUAAUGUGCUCCGUGUACAGGUUGUUGUGGUUCGUAUCAAACUGAAGGUGUUCAUCCAAGCAUAUGUUUCACUUGACGAUAAUUAUUUAAGACCAGCAAUAUAAUCUUU